AUGUCAAUAACUCAGGACUCACGGUCCCGAGAUGCAAAUGCAGAUGACAACAGGAGAAAGUUGACUGACGAGGUUAUGCGUAUGUAUAAAGAGGCCACGCCUGCAGAGACGAGUGUGGAAAAGAGGAAGAAGCAUGAAGAGAUCGGCAAGAAAUUCCACGAGUCGAGAAUGAAGCAAAAGAAGUUUACAAGCGCAAAGAAGCAAUCACGUAGAGGUCCUUCAACUUAA